AUGCCCGCUGUAAAUGAAGUGCCAAAAAAGAAGACAUACAAAGCUAUGAAGACAUCAUUCUUUACACAUCCCUCGGAUGUAGAAAAGUACUUCGUCUUGGGAGGAGACACCAUAAGGAAUCUUGAUGUAUUCGACAUCCACGAGGGUCUUGAGCUCAUAAGCAAAGAUGGGUUCAAAAACUGCACAAUUCUCGGAAGUGGCGACAUUCUCAUACAAACGCAAAAUGCACAGCAAAUUGAGGCACUGAAGGCAGCAAAAACUUUUGGGGCUAAAAAGCUUCCAGUUUCAAUUUCUGAGAAUGGUGUGCUUAAUCAGUCACAUGCACUGAUUCGCUGCAAACACAUCAUGAAAAUUAAACUUGAACGUAUUUCCGAGAAAUUGGCCGAUCAGCAUGUUAUCAAUGUGCAGCGUUUGAAGAAGAAAGAGGGCAACACAUGGAUCGACACACCAACACAUUUGCUCACCUUCAACACCCCUGUAUGCCCAGCGGAAGUACGGGUAGGAUUUAUCCACCUCAAAACCGAACUGUACAUACCUGCCCCAUUCAGGUGUGUUAUAUGUCAAAAGAUCGGACACACCAAGAAACGCUGCAGUUCAUCGGCGAAGCAUCUUUGUGGGUUUUGUGCCCAAGAUUAUCACGGGAAUGAGCAAUGCACCUCACCGGCAAAGUGCGUCAACUGUAAUGGGUCUCAUCCCAGCUUCAGCAAGACAUGCCCCAUUUAUUUGGAAGAACGGGAGAUCAACGCUAUUCGCGUGACUAUGCGAAUCCCAUACAAUCUUGCCAGACAGGAAUUUAGGAAACGUUUUGCAAUCUUCACCAUCCAAAGGCAUGCCUUCAGUGGUGUCUUCAAGAUCAUCAAUGGAUACAACCACCUCCCAUCCUACGGGCAACUCUCAUUCUUCACUCACUAA